CAGACUGGAGCUGCAACAAGCUGACUGAUUUUGAUUUAACCUGCUUCACUGAGCGAUGGGAUCUGGUGAGAUCCAACACGCAACAAGUCUAUUACACCGACUUCCCACACAAAAAGCAGAAACUCUAACUAUGAGGUGCCCAGUUUGACGAUUGGCAGAAACGAUGGGCCGCAAGGAGGAGUGUAUUUGCAGGAGGAAACAGACUCUGAACAUCACCGACAGUUUCCAGUUAAUGGAACAACUGGGGUCAGGAGCCUUUUCAGAAGUGUAUUUGGCAAAAGAGAGGGCUACUGACAAAAUGGUAGCUUUGAAGUGUGUUCAGAAAAGUGAUGUUAAUGACAUCUCAUUAGAAAAUGAAAUUGCUGUUUUGAGAAGGAUAAAACAUGAAAACAUUGUAGCUCUGGAAGACAUCUAUGAAAGUCCCACUCACUUCUACCUAGUUAUGCAACUUGUGUUAGGAGGAGAACUUUUUGACAGGAUUCUAGAGCGUGGAGUUUACACAGAGAAAGACGCCAGUAUUCUGAUUCAGCAAAUACUUGAUGCUGUAAAAUACCUUCAUGACAAUGGAAUUGUACAUCGAGACUUAAAGCCUGAAAACCUGCUGUAUUACAGCUUGGAUGAAAACUCCAAGAUUAUGAUCAGUGACUUUGGUCUUUCAAAGAUGAUGGACAUGGGUGUGAUGUCCACAGCAUGUGGUACACCCGGCUACGUGGCUCCCGAAGUUCUGGACCAAAAACCAUAUGACAAAGCUGUUGACUGCUGGUCUAUUGGAGUAAUUACAUACAUUCUGUUAUGUGGCUACCCUCCUUUCUAUGAAGAGACUGAGACUAAACUGUUCACUCGGAUUUCAAAUGCUGACUAUGAAUUUGACUCUCCAUUCUGGGAUGAUAUUUCUGAGCAAGCAAAAUCUUUUGUCAGGCACUUGCUGGAAAAGGACCCAACAAAGCGCUUCACUUGUGAACAGGCUUUACGACACCCCUGGAUCACAGAGAACGUUGCCCCACUCCAUGAUAUCUAUCUUUCUGUCAGUGUUCAGAUCACAAAGAACUUUGCAAGGAGUAAUUGGAAGCGAGCAAUCAAUGCUGCAUUAGUCGUGAAUUACAUGAAGAAGAUGCAAUUAUCGUCAGGCCAACAACUACGGGAAAACAGUUGCAAUUACGACCAGAGUGACUCCAAACAGCCAUGCUUACAGAUUUCUAAGAAUCUAUCGCAACAAUGUACGACAGACCUUUCAGCAAAGGGAUCAGCACCAUUGGUGACAAGCAAAGUUGCCAAACAGAGCAUUGCAUCAGACUAUGUUGAAAAGGGACAUCCUCACCAAAGGACAAGCGAGAGUGCAUUAAUUUGUGCAAUAUUAGAUGUGAACAAAAGCAACAGACUAACUAAACAGGACAUGGCUGCUAGUUAUGCAGUAAAUGGAAAUGUGCACGCUGGCACCAUUAAGAAAAGAAAGGAGAUGGAGAUUUCCACUGCUGCAACCAAAACUCUUCCAUCAAGUAAAGCUCAAGACCAAUCAACUUCAUAUCCACAGGUAAACCCAAAGAAAUGGCAUAAAUUUCAACGGGGCACCAACAUAAGGACAGGGGUAUGCUUGAUCAUGUAGUGCAUGGCAUUGGAAUGCACUAAGCUGCAGUCAUGUACCUGUGGAACAAUCAUUUUUGGUUUUUCAUGGAGAGAAAAUUAUUGCAAUCACUACAAGAGAAGAUAUAUCACAGAAGUGAGAAAGGAGAUGUGCAACAAUGUUACUGGGGUCCACCAUGUGACUGUUGUUCCUCAUUGAAUUGGAGAUUGCUGUUAGAGUUAAUUCCAAAGAAAUAAAAUAUUGGAA